AUGGCACCGUGGUUCCGCCUAGGCAUUCUUCCAUCUUCCCUCCUUCUCUACAUCACCAGCUCGGCUGUACCGGCGGUCGCGCAGCAACUGAGAUGGCCCUACAACCUCCCACCGGAAGUGAAAUACUAUCCUGAAGAUGAAUUCCUUCUCAAGCGGGACAUCGAUGUCCAACAGAAGAUGCAAGAGCAACCGGUGACAGGAGUUCGCAAGAUGAGCCAUGAUCCAGGAGAGAAAUUCUACCUUGAUUAUUGGGGGUUUGACGAGGAACACAAGCAUAUGAGCUAUGUGACAUCCAUAAAUGGGACAUUCUGUACCACAUUAGAUCGACCACUUCGUCUGCACUCACAACCCAGCAAUCAGACGCUCCUCGCCCGCCUUCCAGGCUGGAAUCUCUUCUCCAAACGGGGGUUUCAAUGUCCCUCUGGGACGUCGGCAUGCACCUCGAUUGAUCGCCCCAACAGCUGCUGCGCCUCAGGUUCGACAUGUCAGAUCGUUGAGGACACAGGUCUCGGCGACGUGGGAUGCUGCCCCAGCGGUGAAACAUGUGCUGAUACGCUGUCGAAUUGUGAAGCAGGAUAUACAAGCUGCCCCAACAACCCAGGCGGAGGUUGCUGCAUUCCUGGCUAUGGCUGCUACGACGUAGGUUGUGUGCAGACGUCUUAUGCAACAAUCACGUCAUCGUCGGCGCCAACACCGUCAACUACAACAGUGACUUCCUACACGACCAUCACGCCGUCAGCAAGUAGCCAGCCUACAUCGACGAGUCAGACCUCGAUUUCGACAAGUUCCCGGUCUACCAGUCUCGAGCCGGAAAUAUCGACUGUGACUAGAACCGUUACCGUGACGUCGACGCCGACCGUUCUGACCUGCUCCUCGGGUUAUCGCUCCUGUCCUGCCAGCCUUGGGGGUGGUUGUUGUCCCACUGAUAGAUCUUGCGGCUCCGCCAGUUGUCCUGCGAGUACUUCGUCUCCAACACCCGCUCCCCCAGUUCGGCCAACUACUUUGACAACCACCGUAGAGACGACGACGGUGACGCCCAGCUCACGAUCAACAGCAAGUUCGACCUCGAGUGGGACUAUGACAGGCUGUCCAACAGGGUUCUAUGCUUGUUCAGCAUAUUACCAAGGAGGAUGCUGCCAGAUCGGUCGAGACUGUGACACAACUUCUUGCCCGGCGACUGCUUCAACAACCCUUGUGUCAGGCAGCACAAUCACAAUUGCCGCUCCGACAGGCAGCGGAAUUACAGCACCCGGCACAGUCCUGACCGGUAACUGCGCGCACGGCUGGAUGACAUGCUCGGCUGAUGUAGGAGGUGGGUGCUGUCCCAGUGGGUAUCAAUGCGGCGUGGCCAGCUGCGCAGCGCUGGCAACGGGAGGUGCCGGAGUGGGCAAGAUGGCACCAAAUGGAGCACGGAGAAGGACUGUGAGUAUGGGCAUGUCUUUCGCAGUUAUGAUGAUGAGCAUGGGGGCAAUGUGGUUGUGA